CUUUUCCCGCGACACAAUUAAUUUUUAAAAUGGCAUAUCCCGGAAGCUACGGUACUCAUGGAUAUGGUGAGCCACCUCAACAACCACAACAAGGUUACGGACAACCCCAAGGUUACGGUCAACCUCCUCAACAUGGUUAUGGCCAACCUCCUCAACAAGGUUACGGUCAGCCCCCUCAACAAGGCUAUGGUCAGCCUCAAGGCUAUGGUCAACCCCAAGGUUACGGCCAACCACCUCAACAAGGUUAUGGUAAUUACCCUCCUCCUCCUCCACCAGGUUAUCAACAACCUCAACAAGGUUAUGGCAGUUAUGGAGCUCCUCCUCCUCAACAAGAACAACAAUACGGUUAUCCUUCUCCACAGUACCCAUCUCAACAGCAGUACCCAUCUCAGCAACAGUACUCGCCUCCCCCUCCUCAACAUAAUUAUGGAAACUAUCCUCCUCCUAGUGAUAAUUCGAAUCAACGUGAACAAGGUGGUGCCAUUGCCCCUCCCGCAUAUACAGGACCUGACCCUGUUUUCCAGCCUACCGAUCCCAAUAUGAAUCAAGCUAAUUAUCCUCAACCUCCCAAUUCGUCUCAUAAUCAAGGACCUCAUGCAGUUCCUUAUGGUCAACAAGGAGCUGAUGCCAGUAACGUUGUAAUGCAUGUGAAUCCUACCAUGCAAAACCAAAGCCCACCCAACUUUCAACUCUCUAACUGUCAAGGAAGAAAGAGAGCUUUAUUGAUUGGUAUUAAUUAUGCUGGUACAGCCAAUGCUUUAAACGGAUGUAUCAAUGAUGUUCAUAACGUGAAGGAGUUCUUGAUGACGCUUUACAACUUUAACGCAGAGGACAUGGUGAUUUUGACAGAUGAUCAAAGUGAUAGUAAAUUUAUUCCUACCAAGCAAAAUAUCCUGAGCGCCAUGCAAUGGCUUGUACGUGAUGCUCAACCCAACGAUUCCUACUUUUUCCAUUUCAGUGGACACGGAGGCAGAGUCCAGGAUACCAAUGGGGAUGAAGAUGAUGGCUAUGAUGAGACAAUCUAUCCUGCAGAUCAUGACCAAUAUGAAGGCGAAUCGGGACAGAUUGUGGAUGAUGAGAUGCAUGAGAUCAUGGUGCGUCCUUUACCCGCUGGUACACGUUUGACAUGUAUCUUUGAUAGUUGUCAUUCAGGUACAGCAAUUGAUUUACCUUAUGUGUAUUCUACAUCGGGUACGGUCAAGGAAGAAAGUAUCUUUAAGGAUGCAGGAUCUGGCUUAUUAAGCGCAGGACUUGCCUAUGCAACAGGUAACAAAUCCGGCGCAUUAUCCUCCAUCAUGGGACUCGGUAAAAGUUUGAUGAGCCGUAAGGGAGUGGAUGAACGAGUCAAGAAGUUCAAGAGUUCAGAAGCAGAUGUGAUUAUGUUUUCUGGCUGUAAGGAUAACCAAACUUCAGCGGAUGCGAUGGAGGAUGGUAAAUCCACCGGAGCCAUGUCCUAUGCGUUUACAACUGUUUUACGUCAAAAUAAGAAUUUGACCUAUCUUCAAUUGUUAAAUGCGGUACGUGAUAUCUUGAAGGAUAAGUAUUCUCAACGUCCUCAAAUGUCUUCUUCUCAUCCUAUCGAUGUCAAUCUUAUGUUUAUCAUUUAAAAAAAAACUUAAUAAAUUAUGUAUACAUAUCA